GGGUGUUGCAGCCACAUCACUGCCGUCCAAAUCCUCGAAGCAUUCGUCGGCCUGAAAGCCCAAAAUGUCGAACAGCCGCUGGCAGGUGUUCUUUUGCUCGGACAGUUUGCAGGGCUCGUUUACGGCAUCCUGAACCAAAUCCCCAAUUAGCAAGUUUAUGACGAUCGCAGUCUGUGGUGGCUCCCUGCACGCCAUUAAGUUUACAGCGUCCACAGAUAAAAUUUUGAAAAGUUUCGAAAAAUGCCUUCUAAGCAACUGAAGCCAACAUAAUUUCGUUAACACAACACGAUGUUGACAAGUAUCCCACCGGAACUGAAUUUGGCACUCAAAUUUGGUAUAAGCUGGUAAAAAAAUUCCCAGUUUUCAACACAAUACAAUACAAUGGAUAAUCAUAAAGAUAAGGACGAUGCAGAGGAAAGGCUGUCAUUGCCAGAAUCUCAUCAAGUUAUAAUAAACAUGCCAUCCGCCGAUGAACAUGGUCAUGUGGUGUAUCUGCCAGAUGCAAAUUUGGGCGCCACAGAGACGGAUGCUUCUGUAAAACUUGACCUAAAGGAGCAGCUUCCGAGUGCGGAUCGAAUAGAGAACAAUCGGGUGACUUUCGAGCUCGAUGAUGUGGCCAGCACGAGUGCUCAAUCCGCAGUCCUCAAUGCUCAAGGACAGAAAUCGUCAGAGGAUCAGGGUCUCCAGACCAAGACAGAGAUUCCAAACAAGGCAGGAGCCCCUAAGCAGUUGCAUAAUGUACUGGAACUGAUCUGUCGCUUCUCCAACGAUAUGGAUGCCAGGGAGAGCCGGGUGGCACCACAUCCGGCAGUGAUUCUCCAAAUUCCACAAUACUGCGAACUGGGCACGCAGACCGCUGAGAUGCCAUCCCAGUCCCGGCGAUUGCGCUUUGAUCCAACCAACCUGAGACCUGAUCCAAAUCGACCGCCCUGCGAACGCACGCAGCACACAUUCACCAUUAGUGGCAACAAUAUGCCGGGCAAUCCUCCCCAGCUUCGACAGACGAUCUGCGCGCGAAUUGGACGCUCCAUCUGCGAUUUUGUGGCAGCCCUUUGUCUUUGCCUGCAGGUGAACAAGGAUUGUAUCUUCUGUCUGGGUUUCUUUGUGGCCUUUGUGAUCAGUGCCAGCUUCCUCACUGCCUUCUUCUACCGCACCCUCAGCUUCUCCUCGUCACCGGUGCGAGUGGCUGCCAGUCCGGUGAGUGGCACCAUGCGCUAUGAACUUGCCACACUAAGAUUUAACGGAGGGUACUACUACAUCUAUACUGGCAACCAACAAAAGUUUCUUUAGUCUAACUGGAUUUUGAGUUUUA